UGUAUAUCAGGUCACGACACUCUAAACAGCACCGUGUACCCUAGUAGCCCCCAUUGACGCCUAGAAACCAUGGUAUGAGACUGCAAGAGAGACAAUUGCUCGCCCGUCCCUCCACCGACACCAAGCUGACGAAGCCAGGUGGUCCUCGCAGCUUCAAUAUGCACAAGAGGCGGCAAGGCGGUUGUCUCCCGCCAAUUCCGUGAGAUGCAGCGCUCACGCAUCGAAGCCCUCCUCGCAUCCUUCCCCAAGCUCGCCGAUAGCGGAACCCAACACACGACGUGCGAACAGGACAAUGUGCGCUACGUAUACCAACCCCUCGACGAACUCUACAUGGUCUUGAUCACCAACUUGCAAUCCAACAUUCUGCAAGACAUCAACACGUUGCACCUCUUCGCCCAGGUCGUCUCUUCGAUAUGCAAAUCUCUCGACGAGCGCGAGAUCCAGAAGAAUGCCUUUGAGCUUCUGACAGCCUUUGACGAGAUCGUCACGUUGGGAUACAGGGAGAACCUGACCAUGAGCCAGAUCAAGACCUUCUUAGACAUGGAAUCGCAUGAGGAACGUAUCCAAGAAAUCAUCGCACGGAAUAAGGAGCUCGAGGCUUCGGAAGAGCGCAAGCGCAGGGCCAAGCAGCUCGAGAUGCAGAGGAAGGAGAUGUCAAGAUCGCAGCGAGCAGGUGGAGGUAUGGGAGGUGGUAUGGGCAGUGGUAUGGGUAGCGGUAUGGGCGGUCGCUCGCCUUCGUAUCCCGCAUUCACGCCCAGCGUACCCACGACCAAUGUCGCGGAUACGUACGACAGUUAUGAGGCUGAGAAGAAGAAGGCCACUAGCAAGCCAUUGGCUCUGGGCAAGAAGGGCAUGCAGCUCGGCAAGAAGAACAAGACCAACAACAUGUACGAGCAAGUCACUGGCGAACAGGCGCCGGCCGAGGAGGAACCCCUUGUUGCACCCAAGCCAUCUGCCCCUGCCGCAGUCGCUCCAGCAAGCGCUCGCCAGUCCACCUCGACUGACCGCGAGGCCGUACACAUCACGACCAACGAGACCAUCUCCGCCCGGCUGGACCGCGAGGGUCUCCUCAAGUCCUUCGAAGUCAAGGGCGAGAUGCAACUCAAGAUUACCGACCCGUCCUUCACACAAGUCAAACUCGACCUGGCUACUGGCGAUACUCGCGGCGCACAGUUGAUGACACAUCCCAAGGUGGACAAGACCGUCUUCAGAAACGACAAGGUCAUUCAGCUGGCCGAUACAAGCAAGGGUUUCCCCUCUAACAUGGGUAUUGGCGUCAUGAAGUGGAAGCUGGCACCACGGCCUGACGACAUCUCCGACCCGCCCAUUACCUUUCGCGUUUGGGUCGAGGACUCAGGCAACAUGUACAACAUCACCGUUGAGUACGAGCUCACUGGUGGUGACUCAUUGAAGGAUGUCACUGUCACUAUUCCAUACCAGACCGACGAGCCCAACGUUUCAAGUUUCGACGCUGUAUACGAGGUCAGCGGCGAUAGCAUUGAGUGGAACAUUGGUGCCGUAGACGAAGCGAACAGCUCUGGUAGCUUCGAAUUUGAGGCACAAGCCGGCAGUGACUCAGAGUUCUUCCCCAUGAACGUUCGAUUCAGCAAGGCUACACCAUUCGUGGAUGUCGAUGUGUCUUCCGUAACUCUGCUUGCCAUGGGUCAGGACAUCAGCUUCUCCAAAGAUGUCAAGUCUGUUGCCGAGAACUACACUAUCUCAUAAACAUAAUCGUGGUACGUAGAGUGGAGCUUAGAUGUAGUCGUUCACAGAAAACGUUCAGGCCACCUUAACACAGAGGUCCACUCGUAUAAAGGUAUAUUCAGAUAGACAAAACUGAAUGAGAUGGAUUACACCGAUUUGUGCGUCUCACGCCAUGCAUUUAUCUUUGUGCUCCUCCACCAACUUUGACUCAAACUUCGCCAUGAACGAGACAUUGCGGCGAAUGAGAUCGAAUGCCGUGACUCAUUUAAGUAAUUCUGUAAUACUGCUAUCUGAAAGCGACAUGCCGCGAAAGCCGACUACUACAUCAUUGUCCAAAAAACAUGAUUUUGAAUCUACAUGUUCACCUUGUCUCCGUAUCUCAUCCC